AUGAGUGAAAAUCAGUCCUCCUCAUCUUUACAACCUUACAAACCGUUACUUGCCCCAAUAGAUUUACUUGUUAGGCCACUAAGGAAAAGAUUUCGAUUCCAUUUCUAUGGUAAAAAGCAAACGAACAGCAUUGAAAAGCCUGAAUGGUAUUUUACUCAAGUUUCGAAUUGGAUUCGCGAUCAUUCGCAAUAUUUACAAUACACUAUUCAGCCCAUUUUGAAUCAAAAUAAUUUCGAAAAUGUGGAUGCUCGGAUCGAAUUUAUUCGAGGUCUAGUAGUCGUACUAGUCGAAAAAGUAACAUCGGAUAUCCCUUUACUGUUAUCGGAUGACUACUGCUUCUCUCAUAUUAUCGACGAACUAUUGCUUUUUGAAAAUGAACUACACAAUAAAUAUUAUUAUCCUAUUGAAUUGCCUUCUUGCAUCGCCGCUUUAGAAGAUGAUUCUGUCAUCGAUAAAUGGAUUUCAUUAGAAUGGAAAAAUGGGAAGGAGAAAAUCAAUGAAAUUAUCUCUUCAGCAACGGCUUGGAGACCAAAAUAUAAAGAUGUCGCUCAGGAUUGUGAUACCUCUCUAAAAUUUCCUGAAGCAACAGAAAAUAUCUUAACUAUGCUAAUUUUAAUGAAAGAACGAUAUAGCAAAUUGUCUAGCACGUCUUAUAUGAUGCAAUUCGUUCGGAUGCAACUAAGCCUUCUUGACGAAUUAUAUGCCAGAUUUGUUGAAUUAACCAAAAAUGGCCCAAAACAAUUACUAGAUCAGGACUACAGUUACAUUUUAAAUGGAGUCAAUCAUUUAAUUGGAGUGUUAAAAAAAUGGAGUGAUCAAUGGUUUUUCCUGGAUUUAUACGCGAAAGAGGUGAAGCUCAGGAAAGGUGAUGUGAAGUCGUUAGAAGAUGACAGUAAUGAAUCAGAAGUGCUGAAAGAAAAUAAUGAUGCGGUUGAGGGUACAAUAUUCGAUGGAAUUAUUGGACUUUAUAAUAUUUUACUUGACGAAAUGUUGAAUAAGUUGGGCUUAGUUGUCAUGCAAAUCAUAAAAAAGAACGCUAAACCUUACUGUAAACAAAAAUGGUUAUCUAUGCAGUCCAUUCGUGGGUCAACUUUACAGUUGUCACCUUCCGCUUGUGAUAUGUUGGUUAGCGUGAGGGAAUCACUGCAAUAUUAUCAAACCUUCCUCGAUAGUUCUAUCUUUUUAAAGUUUUGGCAACGAUUAGCGCAGGAAAUAAAUGAACAUCUCUAUCAGGAGUUGGUUGUAAGUAAUCUUUUUAAUGAAAAUGGUGCCAAACAACUUGAGUACGAUGUCAAUAAAAAUCUAUUCAUUCUCUUUCGGGAAUACACUCAUCGGCCAGAUAAUUUUUUUAAAGAGCUUAAGGAAGCUUGUGUGUUGUUAAAUUUAAAUAGUGGAUCGGUAAUGCUGUUACAAGAAAUUCUACAAUCAGCCACGAUGGAUUUGGAUGAUAACGAUAUUUCUGCUAGCAAAGCUAGAGCUUCCGCUGUUGCUGCUCUAAAUGAAAUUGGUAUUCAUCGCAUGGAACUGCUAACUGCAUUACAAAUUAUUCAACUUCGUAUUGAUUGGCCCAAGUUAUAG